ACCUUCUCACCUGCUCAGACCUGCUCUCCCAGUGUUGUCCUCUUCAGACCCACAGAGCUACCCAUGUCUCCCUCCUGUGUGACCCUGGCCCUGGGGCUGCUGUUCUUGGCAGUUACCCAUGCCCAGAUCAAGAUCUUCAACCUGCGUGCCACCAAGCUCCCCAGCGGCCUCCUGGGCACCACCGACGGCUACGUCAAGGUGUUCUGCGGCCCCGACAACCUCGGGAAAACCUCCGUCCGCAACAACGACAAGAACCCCUGGUGGCCGGAGGAGUUCAACUCCUUCAAGACCGUGGAGAACGACGUCCUGAGGCUGGAGGUGUACGACAGCGACGUGCUGUUCGACGACCACCUGGGAACCUGCCAGAGGCAGGUGAAGAGCGGCACCCACCAGCACGACUGCUUCCUGAAGGAGGGAGGCACGCUCACCUACUCCUACACUCUUCAGCAGUGAAGCUGCUCUCGCAGGGAGGCGGGAGGAUAAUGAUGCUGCUACUCGACACUCUUCAGCAGAGCAGCAUGGGGAGGUGCCAGUGAGAUCCCCACCAUUAACCAAGCCGGACACCGUUAUCAUACCCCAUCUAUCUACUCAGAAGCCCCUCCCUGUCUAACAGUCUAUUGAGUGUUACAACCUUCACUUCAUUUACACUGUUGACCAGUAUCCCUUUAGUUGUUGUUUAUAAAUGUAAUCCUACAUUAAGAAAUGUAUCUAUAAAUUUGGACGACUGUGUUCUAAACGUAAUCUUUAAUGUCUUCUUGGCCUCACGUCGGACUGAAUGAAUUAAAAGCCUCCCUGCAGGAUGGACUGCUA